UGCAGUCGCACGGGUUGAUACACUAGUGUAUUAAAGUAUGAUGUGAACCUAACUCGGAACUAUUUGCGUAGUCCACUACUGGAAACUUCAAUUACUUACUAUAUGACUCUACAUGCACAUCAGUACUGUGAUUUUUAUGGCGGCUCAGACCAAGUGUCUGUUAGUUUGAAGCGGUCCGCUGGCUUUGAUUUCUCUGUUUUUUCUCCCCCUUCUAUAUAGAGGAGGUGUAUCCAAAGACUCAUAUAGCUCAUCUCCAUCUUCCAAACCUUCAAAUGUUACAAUCUUCCCAGACAGAGUAGAGAGGUUCUGAGUCUUUGAGCUCAACUCUAUGGAGUCUGAAGAGCAGCCUAGCAACGGCCAUGUGCCUAGCGACCCUUCCAGUGAGCAACAGGUGCCGCAGCAAGGCCAAGGUGACCAAAAUCCUGGCGCGGAUGAGGCUGAGCUUCUAUGGAAGCUGAGGAAGUACUUGAUGCUGCUGGCUAUCCUAGCUGCGGCCAUCACCUACCAGGCAGGGCUGGCUCCUCCAGGCGGCUUCUGGCAAGACAACCUGAACGGCCACAUCGCCGGUGAUAUUGUGCUGAGAGUCAGCUACCCCAAGCGGUACCUUGUGUUCUUCUACUGUAAUACAACUGCAUUCAUGGCGUCACUCGUUGUCCUGAUAUUGCUCCUGAUCAGGGAGCUAAGCCGCAAUGCGGUUUGGCUCCGGGCACUACAAUUUGCAAUGUUAUUGGGUCUGCUCGGACUCAUGGGCGCCUAUGCUGCCGGGAGUUGCAGGGAGUUGAGGACAUCAGUUUACAUUUGGGUAUUACUUGUUGGCAUCUUUGCGUAUGUCACAUUUCAUGUUGUAUUCUUUAAGCAUCUGGCACCUCAUUGGCUGAAAGAAAUGUUCAAGGGCAUUCGUACAUACUGGAAGGAUAUCCUGGGGAGCAUUUUCAGGAAAACACAGAGCACAACAAAUGAGCCGGAGACUCCAUCAAAUGAGCCAGAGGCUCAUGACGAGGCGGAAGAACUGGAGCGGAAACGCAGUUUCCUGCUGGUUCUUGCCACAUUGGCGGCAACGGUCACAUAUGUUGCAGGGCUAAGCCCACCAGGUGGCUUCUGGGCUGAUGAAAAUAAUCCUAACCACCUUGCCGGCGAUCCAGUGCUGCGAGAUCACUAUCCCCGCCGGUUCAAGGCAUUCUUGGUCUGCAAUGCAACUGCUUUUGCUGGAUCCCUUGUGAUCAUCAUCAUGCUCCUCAGCGAUACUGCAGUGGAUCAUGUUGUCCAGUCCAAUGCUUUGCGGUUGUGUGUGCUGGUGAGCCUCUUUGGGCUUAUGGGGGCUUAUGCUGCUGGGACUUGCAGGGAGGUCCGUACGUCUAUCUUUGUAUUCUCCCUUGUUGGUACAGUUUUUCUCUACCUUGUCAUUCAGUGGAUUGAACCUAUUGUGACAAAGCCGAAGUGUGUGGAGAAGACCAUUGGAUGGAUGAGAAAGAAGAAGACUGCAGUUAUUCAGAAACUGAGUUCUUUCAUUAUGUGGGGUGGUGGGAAUGCAAACAUUGAAAUGCAUACUAACCCAUCAGGGCCAGAUACGCAACAUCCAUCCAACAACAGAAUGGCAAGCAUUGCAAAUGACGCUAAGGAUGAUCUACAAAAACUGCGCACAUACCUCCUAUUGCUUGGCAUCCUUGCUGCCACUGUCACAUAUCAAGCUGGGUUGAAUCCACCAGGUGGCUUUUGGACAGACAGUGAUGAUGAGCAUGUUGCCGGUGACCCAAUCUUGGAGGCCAUGAACCCAAGGCGCUACAAGGCCUUCUUCUACUGCAAUGCCACAGCAUUUGUAGCAUCUUUGGUGAUUAUUACCUUACUUCAGAGCCGAUUGAUUACUGUUAGUGCCAUGAAGCGUCACAUAUUGCAAACAGCCAUGACACUGGAUCUCUUUGGUCUAAUGGGGGCAUAUGCCGCUGGAAGCAGCAGAAAGUUCUCAACAUCUGUGUAUGUGUUCGUCUUGGCCCUUCUUGUUUUCACCUAUGUCGUACUUCAUGUUCUGUUAUCUGUGGCUCUCAAGACACGACUGAAGGGGGCAAUAGAUUCCAUAUCAGAAGUGUUCCAUAAUUCCACGAAUUGUUUAAGAAGAAACGAAACAGUGGAUAAUGUUAAUGAAGGGAAGGAUUUGGAGAAGCGGCGCAAGUUUCUGAUGCUGCUUGCAGUUCUAGCAGCUUCCGUCACAUACCAAGUUGGCAUAAGCCCACCCGGUGGCUUCUGGACCGACAACAACGAUGGCCACCGAGCAGGUGACCCAGUGUUCCAUGAUGAGUUCCCACGCCGCUACAGGGUUUUCUUCUACUUCAAUGCCACUGCUUUCAUGGCGUCUCUGGCCGUGAUUAUGUUGCUUGUUAGCAAAAGGCUAUGUGACAAGGGCCUUAAGUGCUAUGCGCUGCGUAUAUGCGUUCUGGUUGAUCUGAUCAGCCUCAUGGGUGCUUUUGCUGCUGGAAGCUGCAGGAAAGUGUCGACGUCUGUGUAUGUCAUUCUUGUCGUUGCUGCAGUGUUUAUCUAUGUCAUGAUUCAGGUCCUGGUUCUGACAUUUGCAAAAGACAAGGUGAAUGACAUCAUGAAGUGGAUGUUUAACACUAAACCUUUUGGGCACCAACAUCCAUCCAUGAAUCAUAGGAGGAAGAGAACUGAACACAAAUGGCGCAAAGAUUUGAUGCUGAUUGGAACUCUUGCAGUCACUGUCACAUACCAAGCUGGGCUGCUCCCACCAGGUGGACUUUGGCCUGAUGACCAGUUAGGCCAUUUUGCAGGUGACCCAAUCCUCCAUGAUACCCAACCGACAAGGUAUAAAGUAUUCUUCUAUUGCAAUGCCACGGCAUUCAUGGCAUCAAUGGUCAUGGUCAUCCUCUUGUUGAACAACACAAUAAGCAAGUACAAGAGAUCCCUUCUUGCUAUGAAGACAGCAAUGGUACUGGACUUGCUUGGUCUACUUGUAGCAUAUGCCGCAGGCAGCUGCAGGAAGUUGAAGACAUCUGCUUACAUUUUUGCGAUCGUCAUUGCCGUGUUCAUCUACAUUGUAAUUCAUGUGUUGCUGUCAUUCGAUGAAGUAGCUUUGUUGGUGAGAAAGAAGGGAGAAAAGUGGAUGUCAUGCCUGACAAACCUUCAGCCAUCUGCUGGGGAACUGGGAGAGGUGCCUCCGGCUGUGUAGUUGUAUUCUUGAGGUGGCAUUUAUUCAAUUUAUAUGCCAGAUAUAUACAACUUAAAAGGUUUUGAUCUCUGUUU